GCGGGGUGGCGCCGGGAGCCCGGAGGAGAGAGCUAGCCCCGGCUGGGAUCAUCGAAGAAGCAACAGCUUGCUAGGCUCCAUCGAUCGAUCGGUGGCUCGAUCGGUCGACAUGGACAGGCCAGAUCACCACCAGCACCAGUUCUACAUGCCGCUGCCGGUGCAGCAGCAGCAGCAGCAGCUGUGCGCGCCCAUGAUGGACGAGCAGGCGUCGUUCUUGGCGGCGAGGGGCGGCGGCGGAAGAGGAGGAAGUGGUGGAACGGUGGCGGGGAAGGGGGAGAGGAAGCGGCGGUUCACGGAGGAGCAGAUACGGUCGCUGGAGUCCAUGUUCCACGCGCACCAAGCCAAGCUGGAGCCCCGGGAGAAGGUGGAGCUGGCGCGGGAGCUGGGCCUGCAGCCGCGCCAGGUGGCCAUCUGGUUCCAGAACAAGCGCGCCCGGUGGCGCUCCAAGCAGCUCGAGCACGACUACGCCGCGCUCCGCGCCAAGUUCGACGCCCUCCACGCCCGCGUCGAGUUCCUCAAGCAGGAGAAGCUCGCCCUCACCACACAGUUGCACGAGCUAAGCGAGAGGCUGAGGGAGCGGGAGGACCGGGCCGGCAGCGGCGUCGCGGCGACGGCCAGCAGCAGCAGCUGCAACGGCGGCGGCGUGGUAGGUGAGGAGGCAGAGGACGACAAGAGGAACGUCGUCCUCGGGUGCGUCGACAUGGAGCCGCCCGAGAGCUGCGUGCUUGGCGGGGCGUGCGCGACGCCGGCGGACGUCUCGGUGGAGUCCGAGUGCGACGACCACCACCACCACCUCGACUACGACGACGGGUUCCCGGAGUCCUUCUGCGCCACGCCUGAGCUGUGGGAGCCCUGGCCGCUCGUGGAGUGGAAUGCGGUCGCCUGAGGUAGUGAAAGAAGCUAGUACAUAGGCUUGCGUGUGUAGCAUACGUGCAUGGUGCCAUGGUGUGCUCUCAAUGGAGAGAACUGGAGGAGAAGGGGGCCGGUCUGUGGCAAUGACGAGUGGGCCCCUGAAAGAGGUCCGGGAUGAGAAGGCGUUCAAGCGAUGGAACCUAGCUUGCAGACGAUCAGCCAAUGGGAUUGGUGUUUUCGAUCUGAAAAGUUUAAUGAUAUUCAUUAGAGGCGCCCAUUGGUAGGUCGACUGCUAGAGUUGCACCGGGCAUGCAACUUUUUGCUGUUGCCUUUGGAAUUCAAAGUUAGAUAAUCUAAUCGAAGCAUAUGUUCCCUUGAGAAAUAUAUAUAGUAUUCGCGUGUACGUAUGUGCUUGCGUGCAGAGAGUCAACCUUGUGGUUUUGUAGCUAGGAUUCUCAAAGUUAAUCAUGGUUACAGUUGAUUGGGCA